AUGUCUGCCGCUACCACGAACACUGCUGUCGAUCAGCUUGCGUCCGACCUCAAUAAUGCUUCCUUGAACGGCGGCGAUGCAAACGGCGCUCCUGCCAUCAAUACCGCUGUCCCCGCUACCUCUGAGGACCCUGAUACCGCUGGACCUACCCCAAGCUCUGCCGCUCCCCACCCACAAGCCUCUGCUUCUCUCUACGUUGGUGAGCUCGACUCCUCUGUCACAGAGGCUAUGCUCUUCGAGCUGUUCUCUCAGAUUGGCUCUGUCGCUUCCAUCCGUGUCUGCCGUGACGCUGUCACUCGUCGAUCUCUUGGAUACGCCUACGUCAACUACAACACCACCAUCGAUGGCGAGAAGGCUUUGGAGGAGUUGAACUACACUCUUAUCAAAGGCCGCCCAUGCCGCAUCAUGUGGUCUCAGCGCGACCCUGCUCUCCGAAAGACUGGCCAGGGUAACGUCUUCAUCAAGAACCUGGACACCGCCAUCGACAACAAGGCCCUCCACGAUACCUUCGCCGCCUUUGGAAACAUCCUCAGCUGCAAGGUCGCUCAGGACGAGACUGGAGCUUCCAAGGGUUACGGCUUUGUGCACUACGAGACCGACGAGGCCGCCAGCCAGGCUAUCAAGCACGUCAACGGUAUGCUUCUGAACGAGAAGAAGGUCUUUGUUGGCCACCACAUCCCCAAGAAGGACCGCCAGAGCAAGUUCGAGGAGAUGAAGGCAAACUUCACUAACAUCUACGUCAAGAACAUCCCAGUCGAGGCCACUGACGAGGAGUUCCGCGAGUUGUUCGAGAAGUUCGGUGAUGUUACCUCUGCCUCGCUCGCUCGUGACACGGACAGCAACAAGAGUCGUGGUUUCGGUUUCGUCAACUUCAUCAAUCAUGAGCACGCCGCAAAGGCCGUUGACGAGCUGAACGGAAAAGACUUCAAGGGCCAGGACCUCUACGUCGGUCGUGCCCAGAAGAAGCAUGAGCGUGAGGAGGAGCUUCGCAAAUCUUACGAGGCUGCCCGUAUUGAGAAGGCCUCAAAGUACCAAGGUGUCAACCUUUACGUCAAGAACCUUGACGAUGACGUUGAUGAUGACAAGCUGCGUGAGCUUUUCACUCCUUUUGGCUCUAUCACCUCCGCUAAGGUCAUGCGUGAUACCCCUGCCGAGACCGCUGAGGCCGAGGAGAAGGAGAAGAAGGACAGCGAGAAGAACAAGGAGAACAUCAAGGAGGGCGAGACUGCCGAGGCCGAGAAUACUGAGGAUAAGCCCAAGUCUGAGAAGCGCACUGUUGGCAAGAGCAAGGGAUUCGGUUUCGUUUGCUUCAACAACCCCGAGGAAGCUUCCAAGGCUGUCACUGACAUGAACCAACGCAUGGUCAACAACAAGCCAUUGUAUGUUGCUCUCGCUCAGCGCAAGGACGUCCGCAAGAACCAGCUCGAGGCCAGUAUCCAGGCCCGCAACCAGAUCCGCAUGCAGCAAGCUGCCGCCGCCGCCGGUAUGCCCCAACAAUUCAUGCAAACCCCCAUGUUUUACCCUCCUGGCCAACAACCUGGCUUCAUUCCCCAGGCUGGUCGCGGUAUGGCAUUCCCUCCUCAAGCAGGUAUGCCGAUCCCCGGUGCUCAAGGUGGUCGUCCAGGUCAGUUCCCUGCUGGUUUCCCUCCUCAGCAAGCCGGCCGUGGUGGACCAGGUCCUCAACAGAUGCCACCAAACAUGUACGGUAUGCCAGGCCAAUUCCCCCAGGCUGCGCCGUACGGUCAGCAAGGUAACCCACAAUUCAUUGCUGCCAUGCAACAAGCUCAACAAGCUGCUGCUCUCGCUGGCGGCCGUGGUGGACCAGGUGCGCGUGGCCCAGUUCAAGGUCUCCCAGGCAUGCCUCCUAACUUGGCUGGUAUGCAACCCCAGAUGCUCGGUGGCUUUCCUCAAGCUGCUAGAGGUGGUGCUCAAGGUGGUCGUGGUGCCCAAGGUGCUCAGGCUCGUCCUGGUCAAUACUCCGGAGGCUUCCCUCCACAAGCCGGCCGUGGCAUGCCUCCUCAAAUGCCAGGUAUGCCUCCUGCUGGCGGCGAGUUAGUCGGUGGUGCUCUCGCUCAACAGUUGUCUGCUGUCCCACCUGCCCAGCAAAAGCAACUCCUCGGAGAGGCCCUCUUCCCCAAGAUCCAGGUCCUUCAACCCGAGCUCGCUGGUAAGAUUACCGGUAUGCUCUUGGAGAUGGAGAACCAGGAGCUGGUCAACCUCAUUGAGGAUGACAGCGCUCUUCGAUCCAAGGUCGAUGAGGCUCUCACUGUUUACGACGAGUAUGUCAAGAACAACAAGGGCGAAGGCGAGGGUGAGAGUGAAGAUCUGAAGGAGGAGAAGGUUGAGGAGAAGGCUUAA